AUGGCUAUGUAACAUAAGGAACUGGAUGUGUUGAAAAUCAACUAAUUGUUCCGCUUACAAAGGAUUAAGAGAUGUUUGUAGUAAAUUCUUUUGGGUCUCAUGUAGUAGAUUAUUGCUACAAUAUCAGUAAUGCUACAGAAACAUCCUCUUUUUUAAAAGAGAAAAUGCUCAAAUAUACAGGUUCUGAGAAUAAAUAUGAAGUGAUGGAAUGAAACCAUAUAAAGUCACUGAUUUACCUUA